UCAAGAUUCAAGCUGAACUUUUCUGUCUGUUUCUGUCCGCUCCUUCUCUGUUUGUGUAAAUCAAUCCCUGUACUUACUUACUGCAUCGGCUCCUCUUCGUAAGAGAGUGAAAAAAAAAAAAAAAAAAAAGAAACCGGUCAGCAAUCCAACAGCAAGAUACUUAUACGCUAAUUCGCACGUGCUAAAGCAUUGUACAAACGAAACGACAGUUCAUGAAAUAAAACAAAAAAAAAGAAGUAAAAAAAGUGGCGUGUGCGAGUGUGCUUCUUGUUACAACUCAAGGACGUUGAAGAGAAAAGGAUUCAAGCAUGGACGAGGAGGAGAAAGACGCUUGCUUCGAGGAGGACUACUACACCUUCCUCAACAUCCCCAGGGAUGCAAAACCUGAGGAAAUCAGCAACGCGUACAAAAGAAACAGCAGACUUUAUCAUCCUGAUAAGCACACUGACCCUGCCCUCAAAAAGGAUGCUGAGAUACUUUUUAACAAAACGAACAAGGCAUAUCAAGUCCUUUCUGAUCCUCACAAGAAGGCUAUUUACGAUUCCGUGGGUACCAAAGGUCUGGAGACUGAUGGAUGGGAAGUGAUGGUGCGCAGAAAAACUCCCCAAGAAUUAAUAGAGGAGUACGAAAGAUUAGCCAAAGAAGAGGAAGAAAGGAAGCUAUUAUUGCGCACUAAUCCCAAAGGCAGUGUGACGGUGCAUAUUAAUGCCACGGAUCUGUUCAGCAGAUAUGGAAAUGAUUAUGAUGAUAUUUAUGAAGGGAUUGAAAAUAAUAGAAAUAGCGUAUUUACGUCAGUUGAAGUCAGUGGAAUGUCACUCAGUCAGUCAAUCGAAGCACCACUCACGAUCAAAAAUACGGCUGUGCUUGGAGGAGAUCUUAGCAUGAAAAAUGGUGUUGGUUCAGGAACAAUAAACUUUUCUGUUAGACGACUUGUAUCGCAAAAAGGCUGGUUCGAAGUUGAAGUCGGAGCCGGCAAUGGACCUACGUUUUCAUUGAGAGGCUACAGAACAUUGACGAAAAGAAUCUUUUUUAAUGGUGGUGCCGUAGUACAGUUCUCACCAAAUGAGAUCAGGCCGGGCUUUGUUGGAACUUUGGCAAUGCAAUUGGAUACGCAUACUGUUGGAAAUAUCACAUAUAGAGCUGGAAUCCAAAGUGGGAUGAAUACAACGAUUGUGAGGAGUACACCUCAUUCGUACACUGCCCUUUCAAUAGAAUUUUCACUAAUGAGGUCGUUCAUUAGUCUAAGUUACACACAAAAGUUAGAGGAAAGGCAAAUGGAACUCAAAGGCUAUGUAAAACUUGGCACGUUCGGCUGGCUCGUAGAAUACGGUGCCACGAAAAAACUAUCUAAACACACUUCGGUCUCGGCAACAGUUCAAAUAGGAUCUCCAACAGGUGUGACAUUACGAAUACGCCUGCGACGCGCCUACCAAAGCUACAACUUCCCGAUCUGGUUGUGUGACGAAGUCUUCCCGGCGCCAGUGUUUUACGCCACAGUCGCGCCUAUCGUCAGUUGGGUGUUGCUCAAGAACUUUAUCGUUGAUCCUAUAGUCCGAGAACGACAGCGGCGGGAUCGAGAUAAGCAAAAAGAGUCGAACAAGAGGUUGAAGCAGGAGAAGCAAAAAGAAGCGAGAGCUGCUGUUGAACUUAUGAAAGCUACGUUCAGCCGGAUCAGGGCAGAGGAAGAGGCUAAGAAAGGACUCGUCAUUACCAAAGCACUCUACGGCAGAUUUGUUUAUCCGCAGGAUCGCGCUAACGGUAGUGAGGAGACUGUUGGAGGACAGAGGGACGAGAUUAUCGACGUGACCAUUCCUCUGCAAUGUCUCGUGAAAGAUUCCAAGCUGGUACUCCACAAUGCUUCUAAGAGUCAACUGCCAGGAUUUUACGACCCUUGUGUUGGAGAGGAUAAACAACUUCUUGUACAAUAUUUGUUCCAUAGGCAAACACAUGAGUGUUUGAUCAAAGACAUCGAGCCUAUUAGGAUACCUAAGAAUUCUCAUCGUGUGAAUACCACAUGACAUAAACGAGAUGCUCGUGAAGUAAAGGUUCGCAAGUCUUAUAUCCCUUGGACAAGCUAGUUACAAAUGCAU